GUAGCCGUUUAAUCUCUCUCUCUAUCGCUCUCACGAUCAGUCGAGUCAAACUGAAAAAGCUUUGAAAGAUGCAUUCUCCAGAUGAUUCUGCAUCUUCUCAACUCGAAUCUGUAAUCGAAAAUGGUUGAGUCGUUUCUGAAUUUGUGUUUUUUUUUUUUUUUUUUUUUUUUUUUUUUUGUAUUGUUCUGUGGUAAAAGAGAGAUGGGAGCUAGGGUUCGAGUCCAGCAUUACAAUUUGGGAUCAGCUGAUUCCUACAUCGGCACUUCUCUCCACGAUCUUAACUCCGUUGAUGGUUCGGCGAGAGAUAUCGACGACGAUAGUUUGAAUAACGACGGCGAUUCCUCUUCCGCGGACUGUAUGCAUGAAUCAUACAGAAGCUCUAUGCAUAUCCACAAUGAAGGAGUUGAAGAAGGUGGAUCUAACAUGGAGAACAACAUGUUAAGCAUUGAAGAUGUUUCACCGAUUGAAUCAGCAAGAGCGAGAUUUCUACAAAUCAUCGUGGACUACUUUAUUACACAACAUGUGAUUGAGGUUUGUGAGGACAAGCUUGUUCUUGAUGUGGUUUUAGACGGACGGGAUGAUAAUAAUAAUAAUAACAAACUCAAGAGGAAGUCUGAUGAUAUACAAUAUGAAGGUGAUCCGCGUUUUGCGUUACCGUUGAUGUAUGUUGCGAAUUUGUAUGAGACUUUAGCUGGUGAAGCAAAUGUGAGGCUUGCUUCGUUGAGUGGGAUAAGGGAAAAGACCAUUGGGGUUUCUCUUGAAGCAGCUGGUGGCUUGUAUCGGAAAUUAACUAAGAAGUUUCCUAAGAGAGGUAGUUGCAUGUACAGGAGAAGAGAACUGGCGACUUCUGUUGAAACAAGGACAAGAUUUCCAGAAUUGGUAGUACAUGACGAGAAACGAGUUCGCUUCGUGGUGGUCAAUGGUUUGGAUAUUGUUGAAAAGCCAGAUGAUUUGCCUAUUGAAGAUGCUGAAUGGUUUAAGCGAUUAACAGGCCGUAAUGAAGUGGCUGUCUCUGCGAGAGAUUAUAAAUUCUAUUGCCCUCGACCCAAGCAUAGGCGUGUUCAAAAUUCUGUCUCCAGCAUCCAUGGCUUGCCUACAUUUCCAGGUAUAGACUCUUCAACGUUAGCCAAUACACAAGGGUUUCGCUCCGAUAAUGAAGAACAUCACACUCCUCCUUCUCCUUCCAAACAUCAUAUGUCGUCUUUGUCUCAUCAAUUUCAGCAAUCUAUUCACCAGAGCCACCACCAUCAUCAAUCUAUUUACCAAAGUCAACACGCAGCCACACAUUUUCCCGGUCAGAACCAUCAAUGCGACCCUGAACUAUCUCACACCCACCAGUCACCAUCUAUUUCACAGCAGCACAUGGCUUGCUUGCAACCCCUCACUGGAGGCCAUGUAAUGCCAACUAGUCCGGCAAAAUUCUGCGACCAAUGUGGAGCACAGUACUUGAGAGAGACAUCCAAGUUCUGCUCAGAGUGUGGUUCCAAGAGACUCGGGAUAUAGUCAAGAGAGACAAAUCUUUGCUCAAUUCUCCGAUUGGUAAAGUCUGAGCAAGUUUACUUGGCACAGAAGUAGCUAAUCUAAUUGUGUUCCUAAUUUUGAUUAAUGCGCAGAUGUGUUACCGUUUAUAUGGUUGUGGCUAUGUAAUAUGUACGUGCCUAUAUAUUCUGCCUAGCUGAUAUCUGAUCAGUACAUGAAAUUAUUGUCAAAAGAUGUGAUAUGACCCCCCCAAAAAAAAAAAAGUGUAUUACAAAAAUGAAAUGCAAAAGGUGUUUUAACU